UGCUGUGUGAUCCCUCUAAAAAAUCGCCCCACCAGUCAGCGCCUUGUAACGUGCGAGGCUGCGUGCACUCCCCUCACUUUCCUCGGCUCUCCUUCCUCUCCGCUUGCGCAAUGUAUUAGCGAAGAAACCGUAAAGUGUUAAAUGUUUGAAAUACAAAACCGCCGAAUUUCACAUGCUGAAAAAGGACUCCGCUACUCGUGCGCGCGGCACUGGUGUGUCUGUGCAAUAGACUCUGCAAAGACAAACUCCUCUCACACGCCUGCAAGUCCGCGGCUGCAAAAAAAGGACGCUGUAAAGCCUCAUUUUUCACUUUCAAGACAAACGCUUAAAAAAUCAAACUGGCUCACGCUCUUCCCAACCAGCCCAGUUUGACAGCUGCUCUUCACCCCACUUGGAGGACUGUCAGCAGCAAGAGGAUGGCAUCAGAGCUGGCAAUGAGCAACUCCGACCUGCCCACCAGUCCCCUGGCCAUGGAAUAUGUUAAUGACUUCGAUCUGAUGAAGUUUGAAGUGAAAAAGGAGCCGGUGGAGCCCGAUCGCAACAUCAGCCAGUGCAGUCGCCUUAUCGCCGGGGGAUCCUUGUCUUCCACCCCGAUGAGCACGCCGUGCAGCUCGGUGCCCCCUUCCCCAAGCUUCUCGGCGCCCAGUCCGGGCUCGGGGAGCGAGCAGAAGACACACAUAGAGGAUUUCUACUGGAUGUCCGGUUAUCAACAGCAGUUGAAUCCAGAGGCGCUGGGCUUCAGCCCCGAAGACGCAGUCGAGGCGCUGAUCAACAGCAGUCACCAGCUACAGUCUUUCGAUGGCUACGCCAGGGGACAGCAGUUUGCUGGAGCAGCCGGAGCAGCAGGCACCAUGGCCGGGGAAGAGAUGGGCUCCGCCGCGGCGGUGGUGUCGGCAGUCAUCGCUGCGGCAGCCGCGCAGAACGGAGGGCAGCACCACCACCACCACCAUCACCACCACAGCAGCAGCCACCAUCAGGCGCCCGGCGUCCAGUCCAACGGCACUUCUGGGACAAUUCACCAACACAUGCGCUUGGAUGACCGGUUUUCGGACGAGCAGCUGGUCACCAUGUCAGUGCGGGAGCUCAACCGGCAGCUACGGGGGGUCAGCAAGGAAGAAGUGAUCAGAUUGAAACAGAAGAGGAGGACCCUAAAGAACAGAGGCUACGCGCAAUCCUGCCGGUUCAAGCGGGUCCAGCAGCGGCACGUCCUGGAGGGGGAGAAGACGCAACUCAUCCAGCAGGUCGAUCACCUAAAGCAGGAGAUCUCCAGGCUGGUCCGAGAGAGGGACGCGUACAAAGAAAAGUAUGAGAAGCUCAUCAGCAACGGCUUCAGAGAAAAUGGAUCCAGCAGUGACAACAACCCUUCAUCCCCGGAGUUUUUCAUGUCAUCGAGAAAAUUCCUCCAUCUGUGAUUUCAAGCCCCCAAUCCUCCGUGCCCUUGGCUCUCUGAGAUAACCCAACGACUGAGCAGCAAUGACGUCAGAGCGGCCGAACCAAUCGCACGAAGACACCUACGAAGCACAACAUUCAAAAAUGACUUCACUGAAGAACAAAAGACAAGACCUGCUGAAAUCCCUCGAAAUCCCGACAGUGAAAUUCUUGAAAGCCUCUUACUACUCCUGAUUCCCUCCCUAAUAUUUUACCUCCAGCUUUUUUAUACGAAACACGAAAAAAGAAGAAAAAAAACAACAACAGACAGACUCAUACACAUGAGAUGGUUGACAAUGUCAGAUAAAUACACUGGAAGGACUAUUUUCUCUUUGGUGGGAGGAUCAUUGAUGCAUGCCUCUGUAAAUAGAUCAUAAUAAAAACCCUAUUCUUAUUCCUAAUAUAGGAAACAUACCAAGUCUCACCAACUUCGUAAACCUUCAUGACUGUGGAUAGAGUACUCAUGGUUCAAUAUUUUCCAUAUAAAGUCAAUAUUCUUCUUACCUCCUCAGAGAUCAUGUAAUUAUCAUUUCCAAUAUAAUUUCUUUACUCUUUGGAGUUAUUUGGACUGUAAAAAAAUUGUACUUCCUAUUCUUCUUAAUCUCUUUACAUAACGGCGUAGUCUUCCUCUCCAAUAUCCACACUAGUACAUGUAAAUAGAGACGAAUGAAGACAACAGCAUGGAACAGGCUAUAGUGUAUAUUUACCACUCCCCUAGUAGAUCACAAAUCUCAAUACGUGGAUAUUUCAGACAACCUUUUUAAAAGUUUAAAAGUACUUGUUUUAUGAUAGUUAAAGACAUAGUCCCGGGUAUCUGGACACUUUUCCUAUGUAUUUAAAUAGAUGCAUAAAGGCAUUAGCAAUAGGUAAUGUUAUUAUUUGACGACCUUACAAGGAUUAUAAGGCAGUGAGUCCUUUGGUAUCAUCAAUCAGUUCCAUCAGGAAUCAAACUGGGCAGAAAAGCAUGUGAUCUACCAAAGCCAGGAGUCUACCUUGGCACUACUAAAUCUAAUUUUUAACAUGUCAUAUAUUAUUUUGUAUACCUAUUUAUUCUUUUCCAUUGCAAUAAUUGCCCUCUCCCUCCCCAUGUGUGGGUUGUGACUGCUGUAGCGAAGCUGCUGUCAGCCUGAGAGGGCCACUUUUUCCAAUCCUGAGCCUACACAUGAGGGAAAAACAACACCUCACUCAUUGCUACGUAGACAUGAGGACUCUGACCUCUGUCUUAUACGGACUAUGAAGAAAAACCAAAAUGGACUGACAGAUAACACGCCAAGCCAAUGAAGAGACAACCUCAAAGGUUAUCCCGUCAGUGGUGAAAGCAGAAAACCUUUGCAUGGACGACAGGGAAAACACUAGGGUUGCUGAACACCUCAUCUCCACCAUCGUGCAUCCUCUACCUCUCAGUAUGUGCUGUGCAUCUAGGAAACCAUGACUUAUCAGUGACCCCUCUCCUGUCCCCGCAGUCCACUCUUCCACUGCAUGUCCCCAGAGCCUCGUGAGGAAAGUGUCCAGUCUACUGAUGGAUGCACAUGGUGAUGGGGAAAAGAAAAACAAACACUGGUUCACUUUGACCCGAACACACUCACGCAUACAAGCGCAUGCACACAGAUGCACAAUCAUACACGGCGCCACUCAAAUAUGUUGCUGUAUAUAUGUACAGUAUAUCCACUAUGUAUAGUCUCAGAUGCUGUACUCUGCAUGUUGACUUGUAGAUGGAACGUGACCAUUACUCAUAGAAGAGGUUGUGCAGGUAAGCCUAGUCACUGGAUUGACUCUCCUUAGCCAAUGCAAGCUCUUUGUCAGCUUCACAUCUUACUUUGAUUUGAGAAAAUGUAUGGCAACAUGACAGAAAUUGUUUUACCGCUUCCCCCUUGCUAUUGUGGAAGGUCCUCAUCAACCAAACAGCAGCGCUGAGAGGUUUUAAAACUCUUUGAGGGGACGCAUAACCUCGCCUUUGAUGUCAGACAGAACCUGGCCACAGUGAGCGUGGGUAGGCGAAGAGAGGAGGGAAGGCAAACUGGGGCGCUCCAAUUAAGUGGCAGCACACAAAGUGGCAUGGGGCAUCCUGCCAGCAACUGUCUAUUCAUCCUAUGUCAAAGGGAUUUGCACAUCUCAAUGAGUCUACGCACUGCCAGAGAAGUCCGAGAGCAGAGCAGAGAAAGGCUGUGAGGUGCAGGAGAAAGGACGGGGAAGGGAAAGGGACUAUUUUGACAAAAAUUUCAAGUGGCGCAGAGCCUAUGUUCUAGUAUCCUCCUUGAUCUGUCCACCUAUAGAAUAUUCUUUUCUGACCGACAGCCACCUUGGAGAGUUCACUAACCCCUCGACCUUAAACUGUUAGACCGUCAUGCGGCUCUCCGGGCUGUCAUGACCUCACGUCCUGUCUGAGGUUAACUUUGUGUUAAUGAGCAUGGCGCUCAGCUCAACCAGAUGUUCAGCCCUGUGGUUAAAUACUUGUUACCCUUCUAUCCCAAUGGUUCUUCGAUGCCUGCCCACAACAGCUGUACUGUUUCACCUACACAGCUCUACUAACAACUUCAUGUUAAGUCGUGACAAAUUAGAUUAAAACUACGGAUAGCAGGUGUGUUUUCUUUUUCACCAAACUGCUCACAAUCUAGUCGAUACACCCUGUCAAGAAAAAAAGAUCUAGCAGAAUACAGGUGUGGUGUAUUAUUAUUUGUAUGCCCCGUUGUGCAGCCAAUUUAUAUGAAGAAAUCUUCUUAAUUCCAAUACUGUCAGAGCACACUGAAUCACAUGAGGGUAUUUACAGUCAACAUGUAAACAAACUUGAAAUUAGGACUUAUGACUUAGCAGUGAUUAGUUAAAGCAGAUUUAAAAAUACAGGAAGGAUGAAGAUGUCACUCAAACACGAGACGUCGUAUGUGGUAGGAAACAAGACAUUGAGCAAGUGCUGAUCUUCUCUGAGCCUCAAGCCUUUCCACUUUCUUAGAAGUCAAACAAAGCUCCGUUUCUGCGCAGCUGCAGGCAGUGUGUGACAGGUUGAUUUGUUUUUCUCUGCUUCUGAAUGCAGGUGCUGCUGUGUUGUUCUGCCCACAUCGUCAGGCUACGUGCGCGCGUUUAUCUGGCAAUGACCCUGACCGGGGUCGGCGCAUGUGCGUAAACAUGCGGAGAUGAACAUGUUCAUAGACAGAACGUGUGAAAGUGCACACAGAGGCGUAGAGGCACAUCCUUGGUCUUUUUCUCUCUCUCUCUCUCACACACACAUACACACCAUGCUAAUCUAAACAGCAAGGCUGUAUGUAAACAGAUCGUCGACAUAAUGGGAUUGUUCAGUGUGCAAACAAUAAGCUGUUAGCGUAAUCACAGGUCAAAGAUAUAUUACCCAGAGGGCCACGCUGUAGGUAUAUUAACAUGAUGGAUAUGUGGGAGAGGAGGGGGGCAGGGAUACGAAAGAUAUAGAGCGCUACUGACUCAGAUUUACCCCCUGUUGGGCCCCGUCCGCUGCCUUUCUCUCCUCCACCUCCCCCGUAUGGGCCUCACUUAAUCAGCCUUCCUCAUUCUCUUCUCACUUCUUCCCCCCCAGUCACCCUCCUCCUCCUUAGGUUUAUACCUUUCUUUACUGUGUCUCCUCUCUAAUACCUCACCUCUGUCCUUUUCUAUCUUCAUUUCCUUCAUCCUCCUCCCAUUUCCCUCUUGUUCUGGAUAGAUAUCAUCUGUUUCAGUGAAGCAGUCCAUCUAUCUCUGUGGUGAGUGAUAGCAGGAUAAAGAUUGUGGAGCUGCCACAAUUUUGUUUUUGGAUUAAGCAAAGGAGGGACUGAGUGAGCAAAAGAGCAUGGAUGAGACAGAAAGACAGCAUAUAUGUUUCUAUUUCUAUGACCAGUGUUAUAAAUAGAACAGCUAUAUAGUUGAUAGAGACGAAUCUUCACACCCAUGCCCUAUUAUCUCCACUUAACCAUGUUGAAAGUACCGUGCUCGUGUGUCUCAAUGAGUAGCAGCAUACAAGUGCCAUGUCCGUCAAGAUAAAUCCUGUGUAGCUUACUCCAUUGCACAUACAGCUUAUUAACUUAUCUCCGCUUUAUUUGAUUACCAUCUAGCCCAUUCUCUCAGCUGGUUAAUAAGUCUAUGUCCUCCUGACUAAACACUCCAUUAGUGUCAUCACCGGCAAGCUUGUGUGUGUGUACUGCAUACGUCUGUGGACCACUGAGGCAGAUACACAUUGGGGCCAAGUGACAGAGUAAACACAGAGGCAGAACAGUGGGGAGAAAAACAACCUGGAAGACAGACAAUAGGUGCAAAGGUGGCCAGUCUGAUGACGGCGGUAACAGCCAAGACCCUCACUGACGUUUGGCUAAAAGCUUUUGUAUGGGCAAACCAUAUGAAAUACAACAGAGCAGUGGAGAUGAGUCAAGAUGACUACAGAGAUACAGUGUGUUAAUAUUUGAAACAGAUAUUGACUUUCUUGUAAGAAUGUGACUUUGACAAGUUGAAAUGCUAGUAACAUUUUGGAUAGUCAAAAAGCUACAAUAGAUUCAAACCACAUUGAAUAAAAGAGUUGCAAAGUGGAAGGAACUGUCUGAAAGUCAUAUUCAUUUUACCCUACAGAAAUUCCCCACAAAAAUUCUGUCAUGUGCACUGCUAAUAGGGCUUAAGCUGAAGUUUACACUAUUGAGAGAACUGAAAUUUUAAUCUAAUCAUUCUUAUAUUCAUCCACUUUUGGAUUAUGGUUCAAUUUUGAGUGAAUUCAGAAACUAUUACGCCAUGUUUGUUAUCAACUGCUAAGACAAAGGGUUUUGACUUCCCGAACACUCAAGGCUCAUGGGUAUGAUCGUACUGAUAGCCGUCCAUCUCGCCAGAAAGUUAAACUGGUGGCCCUAAAACAAAUUUGUGUUUCUACCUUGAGGAUAUUGUAGGGCUGGGCGAAAUGGUCAAACAUGUUAUCCCAAUAAAAAUUAUUAUUAUUCAUUAUUUCUCUAGGGUUUAACCCUUUGAAAUCCACGCAAAUUGGCUUUAUUUCUGUUGAAAAUACAGGAAGAAGGCAAUGAGCAACGAAAGAAGAAAUGACCCCAAAAAUCAGCAAGAAAUUAGUAGAAAGAGAAAAUUAAAAACAGUUAAAAAAAAAAAAAAGAAAGAAAGUUAAAAACAAACAAACAUGGAAAUGACUUAGAAAGAGUGCUUAGUAAUAAUAAUAAUAAUUCUGUAUCAUAAUUUUAAAAAGUAAUCAUAAAAAUAAUUGUAAAUAGUUUUUCCUUAGCUUUUUUCCCUAUUUUUUUAAUAUACUUUUCAAAAUCUAUUAUUUUUUUGCAAUUUGUGGUAGAGUUCUUACCAAGUUGCUCACUGUCUUUUUUCCCCAUGUUUUUGAAAGAAAUCACAUCAAUUUGUACAGGGUUUAAUGGUUUAAAUACUUGCAAAAGGCGUCUGAAAGCAGCACAAGAAAGGUGAGGUUGCUCCAGGUUUUAAAGGGUUAAAGGCAGAUUUUUGUUCCUGAGUGAAAGUUGAAGAAACCAAUCAGCUUAUUGUGGUUUAAGCUAUUCUUUAUUGUCAGGAUGUAACAAGCAUUUGCUUAACUGUGAAACGUUUUAUAAAUCUGAGGUAGAUUUAAAAUCAUUCUAAUCAAAAUAUCAG